UCUAGCAACCCUUUACUACCUAACAAAAUGAACUCCUCAUUAUCCCUAACGUGCUUUGCACUGCUCCUGAUCAGCCCUUUGUGCCUGGGUUAUUCUGACGAAGAACGUCAAGCCGAUAGCCUUCGAGUUGCUGAAAUCAUCCGAACCUCCCAGGACGUCAAUGCCAAAAUCAACAACACCCAGGAACUCCUUGACAUUUACAGACGUCUCUAUCCCAGUUUGACCCCUGAAGAUCGCGAGAGAAUCGACAAGUUUGUCAAUGAGCACACGGAUGCCAUUCUAGUCGAUGGAGUUCCUGCUCAGGGCGGUCGGAAGACCAAGUUUGUUGGGAAGGUCCUGACUCCAGUUGUGGAGGGCCUGGCCACUGGAUUCUUUGAAGAGCUUGGUGCGAACCUUGCCAAUUUAUUCACUGGCUGAAUCCAUUGUAUAUAAAAGAAACAUACGAGAUCACCUCUGUGCAUGCUGUUAUAUAAGAACAUUUAAAUUUGAAAUUUAAAUAAUUUAAAAUAAAUUAUUAAAUAUCAUUUUA